UUGCGUGUUUCUGCUCUUCUUUUCUCCCCUGCAGCUCCCGAAAUCCCCCCUCCAAGCCGCCGGCACCAGCUUUGAAAAAUUGGUGAGAAAGCUUGGAAUUUCUCCUUCUUUCUUGUCCAAGAACCUGAUUUGGAACCCAGAAAUCUUUCCCCCUUGCUGGAAAUUCCAGAUCUGCCUUGCUCUGCUUGUCUUCACCGCCGACUGCUAUGUGGAUCCGUGAGUUUCUCCCUUGCACUGCCGCCGGCUUCUUCCCCCUGCUAGGUCCGGUUUCUACAGCUGGAGAAUUAUGGUAUGUGGCAGCUUCUCUAAGUGCAAGUUUAGCCAUUUAAUUGCUGCCCUUUGUGUCCGAAAUUCUGGAUUAAUUAGGGGAGAAAAUUGAUAGUAAUUAGACCAUGAUUUAGCUUGAUUCAAGUGAAUUUAUGUGAUUUAGUGUUAAUUGCUUGUUGUGAUUUUUGGAGAGAAAACCCCGUGAUUAGCUAGUGUUUUGGCCAAUUUUGGAAGUUGGAAUUACUGUUCACGGGUACUGUUCACCGGUUACUGUUCACACCACGAGGGCCAACAAUCGACGGGGAUUUAAGUGAUUAGUUUGUGAUAUAAGAACGAAUUUGGAGAUAUUUGAUUAUGUGGAGAUUGAUAGGAAUUAGUAUCGGGAUUAAGAGUGAUCUUGAUGAUUUCAGUUUGAAUUUGUGAUAGUCCGGUAUUAAUUUUGAGGUAUUUUGAUUAGGUUCUUGAUCGUUUUGUCAGUUAACAUUGAGAUUGAGUGCUCGGUUUUAUGCGAGUGAGGUAAGUAAAUUUAUGGUAAUGCC